AUGCUGCUGGAAGUGCUAGACGCAAUAUCAGCAAGGUAUAACUAUGUGCAUGUGCCGCUUGACCAUCGCACCUGGAAAAAUAUGUCAAUGGCUUUUAUCAAUUUUGUGGAUCACGAGGCUGCGUGCUUGGCCUUCCAGCGGUUGUCGCGCCCAAGCGAGUUUCCAGCUGCCUUUGCUCCAAGCACCAAAGCCAUAUGGGGCGAAGUCCAUGGUUUAGGGCCAAACUUGGCUCACUUCCUGGCACGUUACGGGCUUCCGGCGCUAGAUCCUCCAUAUGCACCCCUUGUCUUCAUUGAUGGGCGAUGUGUGCCUCAAGCGCGGACGGUGUUGCGGCAGUACGUCAACGCAGAGAUGCUCAUCGAAGCGAAGGCAUUUCUUCGGAGAAGUGGCCUCCUGGAGCCCGUGGAGUCAUGCUCUCGCAGCCCUUCACGCCAAGGUGACAUGAGAGCCUCAAUGCGGAGUUCCAGGUCAGAGACGGGAACACUGAGCCUUUCUGAAAUCCAUGCAAAGCUUUCCGAAAUUCCAAGCUACCGAGAAGGAGGUCUCACUGUCUAUGUGGUUUAA